AAAGAGGGCGGGAGGAUUCAGAUCUCUGGCUUCUGAUUGGUCGGCUCCGUGUGUCCAGCUUGCUCUCGUCAGAACGGAUCGUGUUGAUUUCAGAAGUCAUCAUGGCGCACUCGUCCCCUGGCAAAGAGCACACUUAUUGUCAUCUGAUUGACACCAUAAAAGAUGGCACCAUCAAAUUCUUCAACCCAGAGAAAUUAAACGAUCCAAGAUAUGACAAGCUGCCUCUCUCCAUCCGUGUUUUAUUGGAGUCUGCCAUUCGAAACUGUGAUGGAUUCUACACAAAAGAGGAAGACGUGCAGAACAUUUUGGACUGGCAGCAGCAGCAGAGCAAAGCCGAGGUGCCCUUCUCCCCAGCAAGAGUCCUCCUCCAGGACUUCACUGGUAUUCCUGCCAUGGUGGACUUGGCUGCUAUGAGAGACGCUGUGGCCAAACAUGGAGUGGACCCCGGCCUCAUCAACCCUAAAUGUCCAACAGACCUCAUAGUAGAUCACUCGCUACAGAUAGACUUUAGCAAAUGCGCAAUACAGAAUGCGCCAAACCCAGGUGGAGGGGAAGGAUCUCGGCCGUCCAGACCCCCUCCACGCUCUGGGUCUCAGUGUGGGGGACAGAAAGGCUCCUGUGGGAAGGCCUCGUGCAGUGAGCCCCCCUCCUCUCCAGGACGCCCUCCGACCUCCGUCCAACAGAUCGAAAACACGCCGCUCCUCUGUCCCUUCCACCUCAAGCCUGUCUCUGAGCCUGAAACCGCUUUGAAAAAUCAGGAAAUGGAGCUGAUCAGAAACAAAGAGAGACUUCAGUUUUUUAAGUGGUGUUCGAAGGCCUUUAAGAACGUGAACGUGGUUCCUCCAGAUGUGGGAGCUGUACACCAGGUGAAUCUGGAGUAUCUGUCCCAGGUGGUGCAGCUCGAGGGGGGCGUCCUUUACCCUGACAGUGUGGUGGGCACAGACUCUCACACCACCAUGAUCAACGGCCUGGGCAUCCUAGGCUGGGGAGUUGGUGGUAUAGAGUCUGAGGCUGUGAUGUUGGGACAGCCCGUGUCCUUAACCCUCCCUCGGGUGGUGGGCUGUAAACUGCUGGGCUCCAUCCACCCCCUCGCCACCUCCAUAGACAUCGUCCUUGGCAUCACAAAGCACUUGCGACAGGCUGGAAUUGACGGGAGGUUUGUUGAGUUUUUUGGACCUGGAGUUUGUCAGCUCUCUGUUCCCGAUCGGACAACCAUUGCCAACAUGUGCCCAGAAUACAGCGCUACAGUUAGCUACUUCCCCGUCGACCAAGUCACCAUCAAGCACUUUACAAAGACAAAUUUUAGCCCAGAAAAACUUGAAUUGUUUGAGUCUUACUUGAAGGCAGUGAAACUUUACAGAAGUUAUGAAGACUCGUCACAAGACCCUGAAUAUUCAGAGGUGAUAGAGAUUAACCUGAGCUCCAUGGUUCCUUAUGUGAGUGGACCCAAGCGACCUCAGGACCGCGUUGCCAUUAGCAACAUGAAGGAGGACUUCCAGAGCUGCCUUGAUGAAAAGGUUGGUUUUAAGGGUUUUCACGUGUCAAAGGAGAAGCAGCAGAGGACAGUCCCCUUCACUCACUGUGGGCAGGAAUACAGUCUGUGCCACGGCUCUGUGGUCAUCGCCGCCGUCAUCAGCUGCACCAACAACUGCAACCCCUCCGUCAUGCUCACGGCCGGUUUACUGGCCAAAAAGGCGGUGGAGGCGGGGCUUGUGGUUAAGUCUUAUAUUCGGACCAGUCUGGCUCCUGGCAGUGGGAUGGUCACUCAUUACCUCAGCACCAGCGGAGUCCUUCCUUACUUCAAACAGCUCGGAUUCGAGGUCAUAGGUUACGGCUGUGCCACGUGUGUUGGAAACACGGCUCCUUUACCUGAACCUGUAGUGGACGCCAUUAAACAGGGUGAGCUGGUGGCGUGUGGGGUGUUGUCAGGAAACAGGCAUUUUGAGGGACGCCUCUGUGACUGUGUGAGGGCGAACUACCUGGCCUCGCCUCCUCUAGUGGUGGCCUACGCUAUCGCAGGGAUGGUGGGAAUCGACUUCGAAAAGGAGCCUCUAGGUGUUACAUCUGAAGGGAGGGAGGUUUUUCUUCAGGACAUUUGGCCGUCCAGAGAAGAGGUCCAGCAGAUAGAGGAGGCCACAGUCAUCUCCUCCAUCUUUAAAGAGCUCAGAGGAAGAAUGCAGAAAGGGAACGCAUUUUGGAACCAGAUUGAAUGCUCCGAUUCAGUGCUCUUCCCCUGGGAUCACAAGUCCACAUACAUCCGGCCGCCAUCUUUCUUUAGUAAAUUGACCAAGGAGGUGUCACGGCCUCCCUCCAUAGAAAACGCUCAUGUUUUACUGUUCCUCGGAGACAAUGUAACGACAGACCACAUCUCUCCAGCAGGAAGCAUCUCCAGGACCAGCCCAGCCGCCAAAUAUCUGCAGAGCAAACGACUGACGCCUCGUGACUUUAACUCGUACGGCGCUCGCAGAGGAAAUGACGCUGUGAUGACAAGAGGAACCUUCGCCAGUGUAAAACUCCACAAUCGUCUGAUUGGGAAAACUGGCCCCAAGACUCUGCACAUUCCCUCAGGACAAACCAUGGAUGUAUUUGAGGCGGCGGAGCGCUAUCAGAGAGAUGGAGUCCCUCUCGUCAUUUUAGCUGGAAAACACUACGGCUCUGGGAACUCCAGGGACUGGGUUGCCAAAGGACCUUAUCUCAUGGGCGUCCGGGCCGUGAUUGCUGAGAGCUUUGAGAAGUUGCACCGCAGACAGCUGCUGGGGGCGGGUAUCGCUCCUCUGCAGUUUGAGUCUGGAGAAAACGCAGAUGUCCUGGAGCUCAGCGGAAAAGAGACAUUCAACAUCGAGCUCCCAGAAAAUCUGAGCCCCAACCAACAGCUCACUGUCAAGACCAGCGAAGGGAAGAGUUUUCACGUCACAGCACUCUUCGACGACCACACGGACAUAACCUGCUUCAAACACGGAGGCCUCCUCAGAUUUGUGGCUCGGACGUUUCUCUAAAAAAAUACUCAAAAACUCAAUGUCUCUGGAUCAUCACCAACCGUUAUUUACCAUAAAGUCUGAGGGUCCGUCCACACAAGAAAACUGCAUGACUAUUUAUGUGGAGAAGAAAACAUCUGCUGACAUGUUUCCACAACUGCUUAAAAAACAACUUGGGUUGCUCUCACACUAGGCCUUUUGAACCGUGUCGAGGUCAAGCACAUCGAGCCACGACCCGGUGUCGUCAUCAUACAGCACUGUUUGUUUACAUGUCGCACAGCAGUGCUACUGCUUUAGUAGAGAAGAAAAAAGGGGCAUGAAAUAUCUAUUAAGCCCUGUGUACACUGACUGCAAGUGCGCUACAGCUUAGAACUCACGCAGGUCCCCCAAGACUUAAAAAGUCAUUAAAAUCAUUGUGCCCGGCUACACUGACCAACGUGAAACUUCAUUGUUUUAGGUAAAUACACACCGCAGUUGUCAUAGUUAGUGUAACAGGCAAUCUGCAAGUAACACGGUCAAGUACGUACUGGACCCGACCUGCAGUCAGUAUAAAUCUGUCGUUAAACGGUGAGGUGGAUAUGAGUCCGACUGUGCUAUGGUCCUCUGUGAGUUUAUGGAUUAAACAACAGUGUGGAGCAGCGAGGGCAACAGGGGGCGAGUCUUCAGAACUUAUGUCUGUCAAGUCCUGACUGAAUGUGAGCGCAGACUCGCUGUGAGUUUUGGAGCAGAGUUCGUCCACUUAUCCUCUAUUCUUUCCACAUACAUGUGUGUACAUGUGUGUGUGCAUGAGCAACUGUGCUUUGGCCCACCUCUUCCAAAUAUGCCAAGCUGGGGCACGGUUCAUUUGCACUCAAACUGGACAAAUGUACCGCGCUCUAGGGGCUAUAGGUGCAGUUCGAUUGGGCUAGUGUGAGCGCACCCUUAGAUUAACGUAAAUAACACAUAUUAUGCAUUCUUGUGGUUUUAAUUUAAAUUUAAACAUGCUUUUGGUCACCUUGGAUUAAUGUCUACAUUUGGAAAACAGACUUUACAAAAUACACCUCCAUUCCCAAUGAGAUAUUUAAAGAGGGGGGAUUCUGCAAAAUCAACUUUUUGGAGCUUUGUUACAACAUUGUUCCUUCAUCAAAAACAUAUCUGAAGUGUUUUUAUACGUUAUCCGUACGUGUCAUCCUAUCCAGUGCUCCACCCACAAGCCUACAUCAUCAAUUCUCCCGCACGGCAAUUUUUCAUACAUCUACAAAAGCAUGAUACAAACAAUACACUACAACUUCACAAACCUGAUGCGAUGUGUAGUGGUUUCUUUAGUGGGAUGCACGCUGAUUGUGUUGGGAUAGCGCUCUGAAGGGGGACUGACUUUGCCUGGGAAGGAGGACUCAGCAUCAAAAACAAAACUGAAACUUGCUAAAUAUUUUAAUGUGUGAAUAUAGCUACCCAAACAAUAAAAAGUAACAUGGUGAUCUCAAUAUGUUAUGUGUUAGCAAUUAAUACCUCGUAGAAGUUUAAAAAAAAUUAUAUCUGCAUUUGGAAAACAUCCAAACAAAUAUAAACAAAUUAAGUCCUUAUCACCUGUAAAUGCUAUGCUAAUGGGGCUAUACCUUUGUUGUGAAAACAAUUUGAAUGCAAAAUGAGUCCAGUUUUGUCUAUGACGUAACAAAACGAGCAAAAUGUGACCAGAGCAUUUUUGAGUGCUCAGAGAAGAAGACUGAAAUAAUGAAUAAAUGAAACAAGCGUGAAUAAACUCCAGGUAUGUUUUUGAUAAGCGGACAGCAGUAUAACAUGGCCAAUUUUGCAUAAUAUGUGUUCUUAAAAAAUUUUGGGCAAGAUUGUCCAUUUGUUUUGCUUAUAUGAGUGAAGAUGAGGACCUUUCAAGAAUUACAAUCCUGCCUCAAAAUGCGACAUUGGUGCUCUAUACAACACAUAGCUAACCAGUCAAUGCACACAUAAUUUGCGUUUUGAAUAAUUAAUUUUGAUGUAAAAAGAGAAAAUAUUAUAAUUGGUGGCCUUACUGUAAUAAAUCAAGUAUGUCCCAGUAAUCACCAAAAUGAACAUCUUAUUUUCCACGCAUUUAUUUAUUAGAGCUUACUGUUAAUGAAACCAAUUCCCUUCAGUAUAAUUUCAGUCAAACCAAUUAUUAAAUCAGUUCAUCUUUAAAGCUACCAUCUGUAAUUAGUUUGGCCGACCCGCCCCUGUUGUAUUCUCCCGUAACACCACUAGAUGCCGUCUAUGUUACUGCUGUCUGUGGUGUGCCCACUUUGACCUGACAGAUGAAGACCAGAGAGCUCAGGUGAGACUGAACAAAGGACAGGGGAGGGGGACAGGUUUCACAUCUGCCAUCUACUGGUGCUAAAGUCAAAUGGCAGAUUGUAGCUUUAAUAGUGCACUGAGGACAUUUUCUGGUGGAAGCUUGUCUCCAUGGAUAUGUUAUUAUGCUUUGUCUAGAACAGUGUUUUACAAACUGCUGUUCAGUUUAUGGGUUUCGUUAAUUUUGAGUUAAUUUUAUCCACUUGUUUGUCCAUUUUUAGGUAUUUUCUUCAAACUGCAGUGGACAUGAUGUGUACCACUUUGAGACCUGGUUCAGCCCUAGAUUAGACCAGGAAUAGUACACAUAGUUACAUACUUGUCUUAGAUCUGGAAAGCCAGAUCUUUACGUUAGUGGAAGGUUUGAGAACAACUGGUCUAGAAUGUUUCAAUAUCUUUAAACUUAUCUUCAUAGAGGCAAGCGAGUGGUGUCACAAGACGAAGCUUUGCCUGGAGUGUUCCACAGUAUGACAUUAAACAUGCCAAUCUUGAAUUUAUUUCAUUACAAAGCAUUGCUAUUGCUACAAAAAAUACUUGGUACCCUCUUCUCUCCAUUCAGAUAGAUAGAACAUUCCAGACAAAGGUGGCAAACCCCCUACCAGAAAAGUCACACGGUGCACCUUUAGUAAAACAAUUUUGAGCAUGUUUAAGGUUUUAAGGUACAUAUUUAGGAAGUGAAGAAUAUUUAGACUUCUUGGUGCUCACACUUUUGCACACUUUAUACCCUACAAAUUAGGAUUAUAAAUUAACUUAUACAUUUACUUUUACAAUCAAAAUAGAAAAACACCAGUAUUUUCAAAACAGAUCUGUCUUUGUUGUCUCUGCAUGUGAAGAAACGUCUGAACAAUGGCACUUUUCACUUCAACUCUCCCUCCUCAAAUGUAUUUAUGACUAUCAGAGCAUGUCAAGGUUCAUUUACAGCUUAAAACUAUCAACCAUGAACUGCCUAAGAGUUUAUUGCAAUUUUUGCGGACAAUUUUAGUCAUUUAAAAGUAUUUAUGUAUGUAUGUAUGUAUGCCAAAACUGCCAAAGGAGCUGAUGUGAGUUAGAAUGAAGAUUGUUGGUGUAGCUACAAAGCAAAAGUAUCAUCUAAAUGUGGUUAAAAAGUACUUGAAUUCAUAAUAUUAAUGUUUAUGUUUGUUUUUUGUUGUAGUUUUGACUAGCACUUGACAAUAUAUAGGUACUAACAUUGAUUGAUAUUGGUGACAUUGGGUUUUUCCUUUCAUAUAUUGUUUUAGGACAAAAUCAAUAUAUAGAUUUGUAAUAGCCUCAGUUAUUUUUGCUUAAGUGUGUUUAUGAAUGUUUGAAUGCUUUUAUAGUGACAUCCAUAAAUACUGGAUUUUGGUAUUGGCUGAAAAGUUGUUUUGUAAAUUAUACUUUGAGACCUAGACGUUUAAGUUUCAAUAUAUUUCUGACCAAUAUCUCCAUUUUAUUUAUUAUUUUUCAAAUUUAAAGCAAUAUUUCUCUCCAUUAUAGUAAAAUGCAUUUGUCAUUUCUUAAAGUUGCACUGUGUAACUUUUCUUGUAUAGGAUCUGCCACAUGCUUGCCUCCAUAGUGAUGUUACUGCUUUGCCCGGAAUGUUCUACAGUAUAGCACAAAACUUGUCUAACGGCGUCGGCCCGAAUUACAUGUUCAGAUCUAUGGAAUGGCGGACCCGCUCGCGUGUUGAGCAUUUCUGUAAUUGAAUAAAUGUAAGAUUGAUAGGAUUAAUGCUUUACUGUGGAACAUUCCAGGCAAAGCAUUAACAACUCCACUGUGACAAAAAAAAAAGUUAUAUAAUGCGCCUUUAAACCACUAGUAGUGUUGUCACAAUACAAAAAUUUCAAACUUGAUUUCGAUACUAAGGAAUUAACUUGAUAUUUACCGAUUUCGAUAUUUAAAAAGGCUCUUUUUUUUAGACAAUAGGAUAUAAUUUGGGUUGUCCUGUUUGAGUAAUGUUAUUUAGUAUCAAUACUUAUUCAAAUAAGUGUCUAGUUUCGAUACUACAGUAGUAUUGGUAUCGAUUAGUAUCUGAUUUUUUAAAUAUUUUUAGCAGCCCUAACCUAAUGCAAAUUCUGUCAUAAGCAAUGAGUCAAACAUCGAAGCAAACUACUCACAUUUGGUUAUUCUGAAUUCAAGUCAUUUUAACUUAUUUUGGAUAUUGUGUUUUUGCCGUGUACGUGGAGCAUUUUAACACAUAGUUUUGGUUCCCGGUUCAUUUCUGUCCGUUUACGGCCUUGUCCGUUUGUAGUUAGUGAAAAUGAUGAAAAUGCUGGAUCUCUGUAUAAAAUGUGUUAGUCGUCAGUUGGUUGCAGCUGCUGUCGCUUGUGUUAGAUCAGUGUAGAAAAGGUGUAUGCAAAACUGUCCCUCUCUGAAUCUUUGUGUAAAUACUUUUUAAUAAAUGAAAUUAACUAACU